AUGCCGAAACAAGAGUUCUCGUACCAGGACAUGUUGGGUGUCGUCGCUGUCUGGUGUUGCUUCUUCAUGAUCAUAGGAUUCAUCACAGUGACUUGCGUCAACUUCUACUGCAUCCAUCAUAACGAUGAUGUGACGGUUCUAGAAAAGUGGGGCCGACGCAAACGUCUUGGAAUCCGUCUAGGAGUUCACAAUCGCGACACCAUCGACGAACAAAUCGCUCUUCAAAAGUUUAAGGUCGACAAGAUCUAG